UCCGUUUCAUCUAAGACGGGCAGAAGGGUGUGUUUUGUUUUUGUUGAAAAGGAGGGACGAAGAAGAAGAACAGGACGACGACGAAGAAGAAGAAGAAGCUCUCUGCAGUUCUUGUGGCGCUCCUUCAAUUUUCUUCCUUUUUUACUUUCUUUUUUGUAUUGAUAUUGUUCUCUAAUCGGGACGAAGUUUAGUGUUCCCAAUUCUAGUCUGAAAUGCCGAGGAUCUCUCAUUUGUAAACAAGCUCGUGGGUCGAACAAUUUCGCUCCUUGCUUCAAUUUUUUCUCCGUCUUCUGGAAUUGAUCUGUUUAAAGAGACAAUUAAAGAGGCGUGACUGUUUUUGUUUUGAUUUUUGGUUUUUUUCACGAAUACAUUUGGGAAUUUUUAGUUGAAGAAACUCGGAGUGGAUUUGAUCUCCGAGCGAAUUUCGCUCUCUUAUUUAGCCAAUCGAUUCCGUUUCAUUUGAAAUCAUCUGAGGACGGUCUUCGAGUUUACAGAGCCUUGCAAAUUUAUGCAUUUUAAGCGGAUUUUAGCGUUUGUUUGAAGAAAAUCCAAACUGUUGUAAAGAUUGGAGACGAUGGAAACACGGUUGUUGUUCGAUAGUCGAAGAAGACAAUUCUGAGAGAUGGAACUCCGUGGUUGCAAUUUGGUUUCUGAUUCGCAUUUUCGCUUAGUCUGAAGAGUAAAAGAAGCAAGCAUCGGGUUGGGAAUUUCUUUGAAUCACCGUUGUUCUUCUAUUUGAUUCUUCCUUAUUCUUCAUCUCAUGGGACCAAUGGCCCUUCUAUGCUUCCCUUUCGAUUUUGCGCACUGGUUUUUGUUUGCUUCAGUUCAAGUUUUCAGUUAUUUAAAAGCCUGAUGGAAAGGGAUCCAUUGAGAAACAAUAACAAUAAUAGCAACGGCACCGCCAAUAACAAAGUGGACACACCAGGAAGAAACGGAGCCGAAGCGUCAUCGUUGCUACUGAGAUCCAAUUGCGAUGCUUCAAGACAGACCACACCAUCGGACUUUGUUUUACAGUGGGGAAACCGGAAACGCCUUAGAUGCAUGAAGGUCCAGGGCAGAGACAAAACCGACCCCGCCACUCCGGCUCACCGUAGUACCACCGCCCGGGUCGACCGCCGAGUCGUUAGAACCGAUAAAGACUCCCCAAACCGGACCAGCAUCACUGCCAAUGGGUAUUUGAAUCUCCGCCAACGACCCUCUUCUCCUCAGUUCCCCCCUCCUCACCACCGCAUUCUCAGGAACUCGGAGACGGCAGGGGCGAUGAGAGUGCACGGCAACGGCGGCGUUCGGGGAAUUGCGUCGCCGGACAGAGUGGCGCACGAUAGAAGAGGAAGUAAUAACCACCACCACCACCACCACCAUCACUCCAACAACAACCAUCAUCAUCACAAUGAGAAUAACAACAAAUCAGCAGCCACAUCGGACACGGCGCACGAUAGUAAAAAGGGUGGGUCUUCCUCCGGUGGCAGUGGGGAGGCUGCUGUGCCACAAGUAUGGCCGCCAAAAUUCGCUAUUGCUUUGACAAACAAAGAGAAAGAAGAGGAUUUUUUGGCCAUCAAGGGCUCUAAAUUGCCCCAAAGACCCAAGAAACGAGCCAAGAUUAUCCAACGCACCGUCAACCUGGUGAGUCCGGGGGCAUGGCUAUCUGAUCUGACGCUCGAGCGGUAUGAAGUUCGGGAGAAGAAGAUUUCUAAGAAGAGACCGAGAGGAUUGAAGGCAAUGGGUAACAUGGAGUCGGAUUCGGAGUGAAAUGAGUGAGCAUCCACCAUAAAUGUACAAACUCUAUGGAUUCCCUUUUUUUUAAUGGUUAGAAGAUUGAAGGGGCAGAGCAGAGAAAGUAGGCAAUUCUUUUUUGUUUCAUUCCUCUUUUAAUUUAUUUCAUUCAUUCAUCCUCUUGAAAA